UCCUCAAGGACCCCAGGCGUAAGCAUUUUAGCUUUCAUUUGAAAGUAGCAGCAGCUACAUCUUCCUCCAGAUCGUUUAAAACAAAAUGACUCUGUCUCCAGCGGUCACAACACUGUGUGAGAACUCCAAUGAGGUCUUCCUGGACGCGGCGAAGUUGCUGCUUACAUAUGCGGACAACAUUAUAAGGUACCCCAAUGAAGAAAAGUACAGGUCUAUCCGCAUUGGCAAUCCCACUUUCUCCACCAAGCUGCUGCCAGUCAAAGGAGCUGUGGAAUGUCUCUUUGAGAUGGGAUUUGAGGAGGCCGAGACCCACUUGGUCUUUCCUCAGUCUGCAUCAGUGGAACAGCUGAAGCUCAUCAGGGAAUCUAUUGCUGCGGAGCGGGACCUGAGGAUGCGUGGGGGAUGUCCCGUCCAACCUGCUUCUCAGCCGGUUGUGGCCACAGCGUCAGCACCAGAGAGCUCUGCUGCUGCUUCCAGCCCACCAGCAGCUCCAGCAGCCCCAUCAACCCAACAGCCGUCAUCCAAGGAGAGCAGCAUGGGUUUGUUUGUGACUCUUCAGUCCAACUUCCAACAUGUGCUGCAGUACGAAAGCCUUGAGCUGCAGCUAAAAGCCAGAAGCACCAUCCCUCACCAAGAGCUGUCCGCCGCUGCUCAACAUAAGCUGAAGGAGCUGGAAGAGGCUGACCCAGAAUGUAAACUGGGAAUAGAAGAGUGUUUGGUGCUGGAGCUGCUCAGGUGGUUCAAACAGGACUUCUUCUCCUGGGUGGACUGUUUGCCCUGCAGCCGGUGUGGAGGUCCUACCAAACACGGUCAGGGUCUCAGUCCCACUGCUGAGGAACUCCGCUGGGAAGCUCAGCGAGUGGAGAACCACUACUGUCAGAGCUGCCGGCUCUCCACCAGAUUCCCUAGGUAUAACAAUCCUGAGAAACUUUUAGAAACCAGAAGGGGGCGCUGUGGAGAGUGGGCCAACUGUUUUACUUUGUGCUGCAGAGCUCUGGGUCUUGAGGCCAGGUACAUAUGGGACAGUACAGACCAUGUGUGGACAGAGAUCUACUCUGUGUCUCAGCAUCGCUGGCUGCACUGUGACUCGUGUGAGAACGUCUGUGAUAAGCCGCUGCUGUACGAGGUCGGCUGGGGAAAGAAACUGGCCUACGUUCUGGCUUUCUCCAAGGACCAGGUGGUUGAUGUAACAUGGAGGUAUUCCUGCAAACAUCCAGAGGUCUUGUCGAGGAGAACCAGGGUCCAGGAGGCUUGGCUGCUACACACUAUAAAUGGGCUCAAUGCUGCUAGACAGCAGUCCCUGAGUCCAGACAGGAAGAGAGAACUGACAGAGAGGCUGCUUGUUGAGCUGGUGGAGUUCAUUUCUCCAAAAAACCCCAAAUCUGGAGAACUGGGCGGCCGCAACUCCGGUUCUUUGGCCUGGAGGAUGGCACGGGGGGAAACCAGAGCGGCUGAUACAAAGGCGACCACACAGGCUGAAGCUUUUGUGUUUAUUCCGACUGAGGAAGAAAAGAAAGCCAAGUUGCUACACGUGCACUACAGUGCCCCCAAGGACCAAUACUGCCGGGUGUCUAGCUCCUCUGAAAUAAUUCCAAACUGGGAUCAGUGUGUGUGGACAAAGGAGUCCGUCUUCAGGAAAGUGGAGGAUGAUUGGAAGAUGGUUUACAUCACACGGACAGAAGGCUCUUCUGUGGGAAAAAUCAGCUGGAAGUUUGACUUUGCUCCAGCUGGAUUUAAGAUCGGUUCUGUUUCCAUCAUGGCCAGUAGCCACACGUUCCACUCUGGGAAAGUCUGUUGGAGCUUGCAGUCUGGGCAGAUAACAACUGAGUUUUCUGGCGAUGGGAGGCUACAGUCAUUUCCCAGUCUGUCUGGGUCUUCAGAGCUAAUUGUAGCAGCAGAGCUUAGCGGAGGAGAGGGGGAAACCUCAUGGCAACACUCUCAGUUAUUCAGACAAGGCUUGAAUGGUCAAGAGUCGUCAUUUGAAGUCAUCAUCCAACUACAAGAUUUAUAACCUUUGUUUUGACUUUAAAUGUGACAUUUUUUCACUAUGAAUUGUCCUGGUUGGUUUGGAGCUAAAUGAAUUAGUAUCUGUAGAUUAACAUUGUCAGAGAGAACAGUGCAAUAUUUAAACUGGCAUGUGGCCUGGGAAGAGAUGAACAGAUGGAUGGGUUUUCUUAUACCUCUUAAAUAUUUUUCAAUAUACUUUGGUUUGGGGCAUUAACUCAUGAAAUAAGUACAAAUGUAAUCAUAAGCCAUACAGUUUUGGAAUAUUUUCUGCCAGUUUUGAAAUAUAUUUACAAACUGUGUAAGGAGAACCCUGUCACAGCCUCUGUAGAUUUCCUUUUAGGAAUAAAAUAGUCUUUUUUGA